CGGUGUGCGCGAGAGCUGUGCUACAAAGAGGCACGAGAGGAGUUUUUUUGCAGGAUAAAGUCUGAGUCAGUCGCAGCUGCUGCAGGCGGGCAGUUCAUUCUGCCGCUCUCCUCUCUCGUGGUGCGAGUGGAAUCGCUGCAGCUCUUCGGGUGGGCUUUCCGCCGUGGGAACCAAGCAGCGCCUGGUACGUCCUUACCCCUCGGGAUCAGCCUGUGAGAAAGUCCUCAGUUCUUCCCGAAGAGCUGGGGCUUGCGGCUGAGCUCUCGUCCCUCCUCCUUAGCAGGUUGCCGAGCAGGGAGGUUGCAUGCCUGGUUGGACUUGAUGCAUGAUUUGCAUGACUCCUAAUACUUGGUUUCUGGAUUUGUCAGUGAGCAAGCAUGGCCCAUCCAAUGAAUACUAAUGGCAGUUCUUCAGAAAAAGAUGAAAAUGCUCUGAAUGGGGAGGAUGAAAGAGACCAGAAGGACCCCUAUUUUGUGGAAACACCUUAUGGUUACCAGCUUGACCUGGAUUUUCUCAAGUAUGUAGAAGAUAUCCAGAAGGGAAACACUAUAAAAAAGCUGAACAUCCAGAAAAAGCGGAAAGUGACACCACCUUUUGUGGCUGUCAAAAACACCUCUAGCCAAUACAGCGGAUGGACAUCAAAUGAAUCUCUCUCUUCAUCCAACAGUGAUGAAAACAAACAUUCAUUUUCCCUCCUAGCAGCACGAAGCCCAGCAGCAGCAGCAGUCUCCACAAGACCAUCCUUGUCCUUUGAAGCCUCUCCAAAUUUUUUAACUAUCCCUGAAAGCAAACAGCUACUGUCUCCUUCACCACAGCUGCCUAGGCACAACCUUCGUGUCACAAAAACUCUAAUCGAAACACGGCGAAGACUGGAGCAGGAAAAGAUUGCAAUGCAGUCGGUCUCGGGAGACACACGGAGGCCCAGGCUUUCCAGUUUUGGCGCCAUGGGCUCAACAAGCUCGCUUCCUUCCUUUGUAGGGUCGGGUGGACACAACCAGAUGUCUCAGCAGUUUCAGAAUGGGUAUCAGGGCAAUGGAGACUAUAGUGUUUAUCCAGCUUCCUCUUUGGGCAGUUCCAUCCGGCAUAGCCCCUUGAGUUCAGGUAUAUCGACUCCUGUGACCAAUGUGAGUCCAGUGCAUCUGCAACACAUCAGGGAACAAAUGGCUAUUGCCCUCAAACGCCUCAAGGAGCUUGAGGAGCAAGUCAAGACUAUUCCUGUGCUCCAGGUUAAGAUUUCAGUAUUGCAGGAAGAGAAAAGGCAGAUGAUGGCAAAACUCAAAAGCCAGAGAAUAGUCAACCAGAAUGACACCGGCCAUUUCAGAAAGAGAUCUUAUAGUGCAGGAAAUGCAGAGCAAUGGAAGCAUCUCUCUCCUGUUAGAGGUGGGGAACUCUAUAUAGACUGCGAGGAAGAUGUGGGGAAUGCAGACCAGAGCUCAGAGAGGACAGAAGAAUUUAGGCAGCUGACUGCUGAAAUGCAAGCCUUAGAAAAGAAAAUCCAGGACAGUAGUUAUGAUAUUCCAUCUAACCUGCGAGUGAAUCGAGAAAGUGUAACAAAAGAAAACAGGUCUGUGGCUGUGGGUGCAGAGGAAAAUAUGAAUGAUGUUGUUGUAUACAACAGAGCUUUGGGGAUGGGCAGGGACGUAGCCAUAGGGACAGAAUGCAAGACUAAGGAUUCCAGUGUUGGGGUCACAGAGGGGAUGCUUGGUCUGUCUACAGAGGCCGAGAGGGAAAUAGAGCUCCAGCAUCAGACCAUUGAUGCCCUUAAAGAGAAAAUCUACCGGUUGGAGGUUCAGUUGAGGGAAACAACUCAUGACAGGGAAAUGACCAAAUUAAAACAUGAGCUCCAGGCAGCUGGAUCUAGGAAGAAAAUGGACAAAGCACUGAUGGCACAGCCCCUUGUCUUCAGCAGAGCAGUGGAAGCAGUCAUACAAACAAGAGACCAAAUGGUGGGAGGUCAUGUGGACAUUGUUGAUUCAUGUGUGGGGAGCCAUCUCCAGAUGAGCAGUGUUGGUGUAUUGUGUAGGCCAUCAUUGCAUAGCACAGCUGUGGGUCCAGAUGUGCCCAUGAAUUGGUGGAUUGUGAAAGAGAGAAAAGAAGUCCGUGACUGCUGCAUUGGGAGCUCUAUUGAGAUGAGCAGCAAGAAUGUGGGCACAGAAAUGAGCAUCUGCGAAACUGGGGUCAAUACAGAGGAGUCUGUCGACAGUCUAAGCCUACGCAAGAGAGAACUGCAAAUCAAGGAAGUGCGCUCAAUAGGUUGUGGGGACUGCUUGAAUGUGGCUGUCUGUCCAGCAAAGGAGACCAUGUCCCGCAGCACGAACACAGAGACUGGUUGCAAAUCAGAUUCUGGAGUCAUGGCAGUGCCUCAUACAACUACCCAGGGAACCAAUACAGUAUUAGAGAGAGCUGACCAAUUCACCAACACAGAAAUGGCUACCUUGAUGGAUUCCAGCACCAACACUUUCUUGAGCACUUAUGAUAAACAGACAAACACUGUGAUUGUGGAGAUGCGGACUGUGGCUGUGGGUGAUGGUAGAGUAAAAGAUGUAAAUACAGCUGCCAAAACGCGUUCCAUUGGUGUGGGAACACUGCUUUCCGCCACUGCUAGCUAUGAAAAACCUUCUCUAACAAAGACCAAAGACUGCGGAGUGGGGCAGAUCAGUAUUAAUGAGAACUAUCUAGUUGGCCUGAAAAUGAGAAACAUUGCUUGUGGUCCCCCUCCAGUGUCUGUAGUGCCACCCAGCACUAGAAGCAUUGGUGUUGGGGAUGAAUCUGUGUGUGAGUCAGGGAACCUUGUGCUGAAUAGUCCGUUUCCUGUGCCCGAAAUGAAAACUGGUUUGGAUCACUAUAUUGAGCAAGUUCAAAAGCUUGUUCAGGAGCAGCAGAUGCUUCUUGCUGAAAACUAUUCUGAACUAGCAGAAGCUUUUGGAGAGCCUCACUCACAGAUUGGCUCUCUCAAUUCUCAGCUCAUCAGCACUCUGUCUUCCAUCAACACUGUCAUGAAAUAUGCAAGCACAGAGGAACUGCGUAACUUGGACAUCCCAAAGCAAAGCAUGGACAGAACUACUGCAACAGAAGAUAACUUGCUGUACGUCCCUCAUGGUCACAGUGGUAAUGCCCACAUAGAUCCAACCUCCCAAGCAUUGAAAUUGGGACAAGAGAUUAAGACCAUAAGUGAGGAGAAAACCACCAUAGUAGGGAUGGGGCAGGACCAGAAAGCCUCACCUUCCCAAGACAGUGCAAUGUCUCCAAUCAAUCUUACAGAUGACCAGCUUGCCUCUGGACUUUAUGUAUGUGCAAAUGAGGGCAUGUUGAAGUCCAUCAUGAAGAAAAAGGAUGGGAAGAAGGAAAUGAAUACAAAGAAGAAUCUGCAGUUUGUUGGUAUAAAUGGAGGGUAUGAAACCACAUCAAGUGAUGAUUCUAGUUCAGAAGAAAGUUCCUCAUCGGAGUCUGACGAUGAGUGUGAUGAGUAUGGAUAUGCUCAAAUUGAGGAGAAUGGCAGUUUGCUUGAGAUAGAAGGACAGCAUGGGCUGAAGAGUGAAGAUGUUAAGUCUGUCAGAGCGGAAGAAGUAGUGGAGAGUCGAGAGACUGAGCCUGAAAAAGUGGAAAUUCGUGAGAGAUAUGAACUGAGUGAAAAGGUGCUGUCUGCAUGUCAUCUACUUAAAAACAGCAUUGAUGAUCCAAAGGCUAUGACCAGCAAAGAGAUACGAUUUUCUUUAAAUACCAUCCAACAUGAGUGGUUUCGUGUGUCGAGUCAAAAGUCUGCUGUGCCUGCUAUGGUUGGGGACUACAUAGCUGCUUUUGAAGAGGUUUCUCCUGCAGUCCUCAGACAUGUUAUCAACAUGGCAGAUGGGAAUGGCAACACAGCUCUCCAUUAUAGUGUCUCACACUCUAACUUUGAAAUUGUGAAGCUGCUUUUGGAUGCAAAUGUCUGCAACGUAAAUCACCAAAACAAGGCUGGUUAUACCCCUAUUAUGCUGGCUGCUCUUGCAGCUGUAGAUGCUGAGAAAGACAUGAGAAUAGUUGGAGAACUCUUUGCCUGUGGAGAUGUGAAUGCUAAAGCCAGUCAGGCUGGCCAAACUGCUCUGAUGCUUGCUGUGAGCCAUGGGCGAAUUGAUAUGGUGAAAGCUCUGCUAGCCUGUGGUGCAGAUGUCAACAUCCAGGAUGAUGAGGGCUCCACUGCAUUAAUGUGUGCUAGUGAACAUGGGCACGUUGAGAUAGUCAAACUCUUGCUGGCUCAACCUGGAUGUAAUGGUACCCUGGAGGACAAUGAUGGCAGCACAGCACUUUCAAUAGCCCUUGAAGCAGGACACAAGGAUAUAGCAGUUCUUCUCUAUGCUCAUGUAAACUUUUCCAAAACGCAGUCCCCGGGCACCCCAAGGCUUGGAAGAAAGCCAUCUCCUGGUCCUACCCACAGAGGCACAUUUGAUUGCUAAUGCACAAAUAUCUGCAAAGUCACCUCUCCUAAGCUGCUAGUGGUUGCUGUUCUACAGUGACCACUUGAAUGUUGGUCCUAAGCUGCUAGUAGUGGUUGCUGUUCUACAGUGACCACAAGACAAUUGAAUGUAAUUGUCUUGUGCCUGAACUCACCAGCAAACUGAAAGCAGAUGUCUAGUGCUAAAGAUAGAGUAAUGUUACAAGGAAGAGGUUAGAACAGUAUAGUUGCUACCAAUGUCACUUAGGAUUAGUGCACAUGGUGUAACUGCCAGGUGGAAUCUACCUUACAUUUUUCCCUGUGGCCACUAGUGUGCACUUGCUCACUACACAGAUUGGGCAAUCUCCUCCAUAUCCCUAUAGGACCUUAUGGGUUAACAGUGAGGCAUGGAGAACUGACUGCCUGGCAAGUCAAUAGAUACACAAAGCUUGCUGUGCAGGGGGAAAGUGGUCAUAGGAACACUUACAUGCAGCCUCCAUGUUGCAGUUGUAGCCCUUGGAGUUCUCCUUUUGCUCAUCUUUGCAGCUUCCAGGAAAUGGCAUAAAGUCUUGUUUCAGACACUGCUGUAGAAUAUAUUCUUCUGCUACCUUAUGUACAGUUUUAAGCUGUCAGGUUAUGACUGCCCUCCCCCAAGCUUUAUUUUUUAAAAAAAUGUUCUUUACAAAUAUUUAUAUUUGCUACUCUUGGAAUUGUUGGCAAGAUCCCUUUUAUUAUAAAUGCCAUUCCAAAACUGUUUUGAGUGUUGUUUUAAUGGUUAUUUUAAAUAAAAAGUGGCAAUUGCUUACAUUGUCAGCUCUUUGAAAUUUCAGCUGGUGGGUUGAUGGCUUAACAAUGGAAGACAGGCCACAGUAUGGCUAAAUAAAUUGUUGCUGCCGAUUUGUAUAGCUUUUAUAUUACAGAUGUCAGUAUUUUUGACAAUUUUUAUUCCAUAGUAAUUAAUACACUAUGCAAAACUGUUACUAGACUUUUAUUAACUGUUGUCUGAAUGAUCCUUGAAGUGAUGGGAGAUGUUCAUCUCCAGUGGAAUCAAGUAUAGUUCUGGGCACGUAUAUAUGGAAUGCUAUUACCCUGUCACGUUCACUUCAGUCAUAUGUAUUUAAAUGUUUGAAGUGCCUUAGACUCUUGCCAUAUUUUCAAAAUAAAAUUUCCUUAUGCUGUUGUA